GCAAUUCAAUGCAAUUUAAUUAUUGUUUUCAUUUGUCUCGAUGUAUGAAAAAAGAAAUUUGUGGUGAGACAAAACAAAACAAUCGCGUUUGUCGCAAAUUCCAUUUAUGUCGAAAAAAGAAAAAAUGACAAAAUUGAAAAAUGCGACAAAUGAAAAUUAAAAAAAAAUUAUUUUAGAUGAGCUUUUCACAACUACAGAAGAAGAAGAAUAAAGAAGAAGAUCUAUUGAUUUUUCUUUAUAGAUUACAUACUUUGAAACUAGAACAACAACAAUGGCCAAGAAGAGUUUAGCAGAACAAUUGGCAGAGUUCACCAAACCUCAAACUGAUUUUGAUAUUGAAAAUAGUGAAUUAAAAGAUGAUGUGUUUGAAGAUGGUAGUGAUAAUGAAAUCAAUUCUGAUUUUUCAGAUGAUGAAACAUUAAGAAAAGAACAUUAUGUUGCUAGUUCAAAAUCUAAGAUUAGAAAAGAGAAUGAAAGUAUUGAAUUGGGUGGGAAGUAUUCCGGAAGUGUUACUAGUAGAGAUCGUUUAUAUGAUGAUGAUGAGGAAGAUGAUGAGGAUGAAGAAGAAGACGAUGAGGAGGAGGAAGAUGAAGAAGAAGAAGAAGAACAAGACGAUGAUGAUGACAAUAACGACAUAAAUGAAGAACUGGAUUCUGGCGUAUCACUUCUGAAUGAAUCUUCAGAUGAUGAAGAAGAUGAUGAAUCAGAUAAAGAAGAUGAAGAAUUAGGUGUCAAACGUGAUAAAAUCAAAGAAUUCAUGGCUAAAGAAGGAGUUCAUAUUGUAAAUAGAUUAUCUCAAUCCGCCACUAAUGAUUCUUUAAAAGGGUAUGCUAUUUCUCAACAACAUAAAUUCUUUGAUAAAAUAAUAGAUAGUCGAUUAAAGAUUCAAAAAUCAGUUAUUAAUUCAAAUUUACUUCCUCCAAAUUCAGAUAUUUUCAUAUCUCAAGAUUUAAAAACUAAACAUAGUGAAAAAUACUUACAAGAAGCUAAAAAUGAAUGUUUUGAACUUUUAGAUACUAUCUUAUCAUUAAGAAAAGCUAUGUAUAAGAGAGAUAACGUUACAACUGAAUCCAUAGUCAAGAAACCUAAAAAGAGAACCUUCCAAGAAUAUUCAAAUACCACUAAUGCAUUAGAUUUAAAAUUAAAUAAAUAUAGAUCAAACGUAUUAGUGAAAUGGUCUGCUAAAGUUCAAAAUUCAUCAGGUUCAUCAGCUAUAAAUGCUGGGAAAUUCAAAUUCAUAAAUCAAUCAUUUGAAGAACAAGUUAAGAAUAAUUUAAGUGAUAUGGAUAGAUUAGUGAAAAGAACAAAAUUGAAUAGACGUAAGGUUGUCCCAUUAGGAUAUGAAUAUUAUCAACAACAAAAACAAGAUAAUGGAGAAAACAAUGAUCAAGAAGAUGAUGAUGAAGACGUCAAUCCUGAUCUUCCUAAAAAUAGUAAUAAUGAAUCCAAAGAACAAGCCCUUGGAGAAAUUGAUGAAAUAUUCGAUGAUGAAGAUUUUUAUCGUGUUUUACUUAAUGAUUUAGUUGAUAAGAAGAUUCAAUCCAGUAAUCCAGCAGCCGGUAUGACUUUAAGUAUAAGAAGUGCUCAAAAAGCGCAAAAAUUUAAAAAGAAUGUUGAUACUAAAGCUUCAAAAGGUCGUAAAUUAAAAUAUCAAGUUCAAGAACAAAUUGCAAAUUUUGAAAGUUCAAAACGAAAUUGGAAAUGGGAUGAUAAUCAAAUUGAUGAAUUCUUUGCUUCAUUAUUAGGUCAAAAGGUUAAUAUGAAUGAAAUUGAUGAAGAGGAAGAACAAGAUCAAGUUCAAAAUGGUGAUAAUGGAUCUGAUUAUGAUGAUAUAGUAGCUGGUGAAGAUUCCAUUAAGUUAUUCGGUUAGUUAAUAUACAUUUACAUAUAUAGCAUAAAAAGGUUUAUAGACUAAUUAAUUUAAAAUUUUGCAUUUUACUUUACAUU